AUGUCUUCUCAAAUACCACUUCACGUGACAACUCAAUUGCACGAAGCGGAUAUUCGAGGAGGGUUAUCCAAUACAUCUCCUCAUUGUAUCGCUUAUAAACUUCCCAAAGAAGAAGUAUCAGCCAUUCUUGAGAAAAUCGCGAAAAAGACCACCCCAACAAGUCAUGAGUCAUCAAUUUACACAACUUCAGCCGAAUGGAUUAAUUCACUUGCUAACUCUAUCGCCAAUGAACUUUCCACGGCCUUUAAUGUCCCUCCUAAUAAUUUCAUUGAAAUUGGUAGAAAUAUUGCCAAUGUCGUUACUAGCGUAGGAAAUGGAACUUGGUCAACCGGUAUCACGCCUGUUAAUGUUCUCAAGGAUAUUGAGACCAAUUUCCCUUUGUAUAUUUCGGAUUACUUUGAUCAAUUGUCUGGUUGGUCAAGGGAGAACGCUUUUGAACAAAAGUGUUAUAGAAUUUCAACAUUAAGUUCUAGCAGUCAUCAAAGUCAAGGUGACCCGGAAUCCGCUUUGUCCGGAAUAUAUGCGAAAAUUAAUUGGAAAUUCGGUGAUAUCAAUCGUCCAUUCAAUGCCACCUCACACACUCCAACAUUUGCCUCGGAUGGUGAACCAAGUACUGGAGAAGUUUAUAGAUACUUUGCAUUUAUUGAUUCUUUUAAACGUGCCAUUUCAAUGAAUGAAGAUGGAUCGAUCACCAAGCACGUUUAUAAUUUCGCCGAUCCCGCGCAGCUUUGGAGAAUCGAACACUACGGCAAUUAUUAUGCGUUGUACAACAAGAAGCAUAAUGCAUAUUUAGCAAGAUCUCUUAGUGGUAAUAGAAACAAACCCGAUAAUAAUUUGCAUGAAUCUGCCUUAUAUCUUGUUGAGGAUCCAGACACAUCUCAAUAUUCAAUUGGGCACGUGCAGAACUCAAAUAUUGAAUAUCAUAAUCUUUUAAAGGAUCUUAACCUCGUCACUGUUCCAUUAGUAGCAUGGCGUAAUACUUCAGGGCAAUUCUUGAGUGUUGGUGAUGCUCAAUCUGGCACUUUAGGAUACUCCAAUGGUGGAAACAAUAAUACUCCAAAAUCAGAACAACUCUUUUUAUUCGUUCCUCAUCCAGACUUCAAGAAUAAAGCAAUUGUGAUUGGACACAAUGGAAAAUUACUUGAAUUCGAUCCACGAAAUUCAAAUAAGCCAUCUUGUAGUUUCGACCUUAAAUCUCCGGCGAAAUUACCUUUUGUAUUAUUUGAUUAUGAACAAAAUAUUUGGCCAAAGAGCGCAAACUUUUUAGCCUCUCGCUUACAACAGCAUUUAAUUGCUACCGCAGCUCCACCACCCGGUGUAGGAACGCGAGUAAACGUAUGGAAAGCCGAUCCAUCUGUCAAAAAGAUUGGAAUACGAGAACUUUUCUUAUUAAACACUGACAUAAAAACUGGACCAAUGGAUUCAAUGUUCGAUACAGUAUCACCCACCAGACCAAUAGCCGCUGACAAAAAUGGAGAUUUCUUAUUGACAUUCGAUAAUACACCUUCAAAGGUUCCUGAAUCAGAUAACCAUGUUCGAUUUGACGUUAUACAUACCUUUUCGGCCGUUCGAUACGUAUUUAACUUGUUAAGUGGUGAUUUGGAAUAUCUUGAUGGACGUCCUCCUGUAAUAAACCGUCCUUGGGGAGCAAACAAGAGACUUAGCAUCCAUCCUCAUGCUGGAGAAGAAGCUAACGCUUAUUAUAGUCGUGAUGAAGCGGUUUUGAAAUUCUUUUAUACGUCUCAAGGUGGUGGUCAACCAGUUUAUCUGUGUAGAAGUUUUGAUGUGGUGGCUCAUGAAUCUGGUCACGCUUUCUUGGAUACCUUGCAACCUGGUUGGCUAUCUGAUGGACAAACUGGUGGUUUUCAUGAAGCUUUUGGUGAUUUGUGUAGUUUAUUUACUCUUAUUUCUAUGGCCGAAAUUUCAGAUUUAUUCGUCACUAUGACAAAAGCCAAUUUAAGAAAUCCAGACAAUUUCUUAUCAGCUGUCGGGGAAGAAUUUGGUGAUGCGUUGUUCAAAAAUAAAGGAAAAGGGUUGAGAAAUUUAUCCAACACACUUAAAGGUUCCGAAGCUCAAGCUGAAGUACAUGCUGUAUCCAUGGUUUUCAGUGGAUUCUAUUAUGAUGUAUUGGCAGAUGUAUUUGCAUUAGAAAGAAAUCCAUCAAUCAAGAGUGAUGCCGAAACUUUAAUGGAAGUUGGAGCAAACUUGCGAAGAGCCCUCAUAAUCGCAAUACGCGUGUCUUCUGCUCAACCAACUCGAACCAAAUUCCAAGAGAUUGCAACGAAUUUGGAUACCGCUCUUGGUACUUUAGGCAGAAAAUUGGGAGCAGAUUUAACUAGUUGGAGAGAAAUUGUGAAAAAGCAUGCUAAAGCUAGAGAAUUAUCUAUUGCUGGCUUAAGUUAA